AAGUUCAGUUAGUCAGAUGGUUCCUUGUUAUGGUAUAUCUCGGGAUAAAGAAGAAUUAGACAAAUUAAAAGAGAGAGUAGAGGAAUUAAAAAAGAAAGUAAGCAGCAACCCAGACAGUUUAAAAAAAACUGGGGAAAAUAUUGACAGCAAUUUAGAGGAAAUCAAAAAAUAUUUAGAAAUGAGCGAAGAGGUUAUUAAACGCGAAGCGCAGGAAAAGCCAAAAAUCCAGACUAGUUAUGAUAACCUUAAAAACGCCAUUACUGAAUUAGAAACUGAAAUAGCCAAUUUAGAAGUUCAAUAUAAGGCCUUGGAGGAAAAAACCAAAAAUAUCAAAAUAAAAUAUGCGGCUGCGGGAGCUCUUGGAGUAAUAGUGGCGGGAAUUACUUUGUGGGCUGACAAGCCACAAAAGGAGGAAUUUCGCCACUAUUUAGAGCAAAUGAAAGGGGAGAAAAUUGUUCUUUCCCAAGUGGAAAAUUAUUUGGAAAGUUUAAGUCCAGAUAAUUAUGCGGAAUUGAUAGUUCAGGCCAAAUUACUUUUAAUUACCCAAUUAGAGCAAAAAGAAAGAGAGGGUCAGCAGAAUUACCAAGACCAAAAAAAUUAUGGUGAAUUGACUGAUAACUUGGCUAAUAGUCAGGUCAUUCACUCUUUUUUCACUGAUUUAUUAAGAAAUUAUGCGGUAAAGUUUGCCAAAAGUAAAAAGAUAGAUAUUUCUCAUUAUCCGCUUAAUUUUGGUGGCUUUUACCAGGGAGAGCAGCAAGACCAAAGACCACUAAAAGCCCACUAUCGAAAAUUAGCCCAUUAUAUUCAAUUUGUUAAACAUGGAGAGAGUAGUUGUGAAAGUGAUUUAGGAACUGAUAAAUAUAUUGCUGAAUUAGCGAAAGAGCAUGAAAAAUUUACAGGGGAAAUUUAUCAACUAAUUAAGCAGGAUUAA